AUGGACGACGGAGAGUACGAGGUGAAUUUGGGCGGAGGAUUCAUCAAGGGAAUUCGGGAGGGAAACAUCUUUCACGCAAGAGGUAUCAAAUACGCGAUUGGAAAUCGAUUUGAGAAACCAGCACUUCUUGAGAAAUGGGAAGCGACCCUUGAUGGCACCAAGCCAGCCUCAGUGUGCCCGCAGCUCCCAUCGCGGCUGAACUUCGUCACAGGGGAUAUCAUCAAAGGCUAUCCUAUGAGCGAGGAUUGUCUUCAUCUUUCAAUAUGCGCUCCAUUCAAUGCAAUCGAAACGGGGGCCCGGCUACCGGUAAUGGUCUUUCUCCAUGGCGGCGCGUAUCUCUCCGGAGGUGGUGAUCUCGACUGCUACAAUCCACGAGCCCUUGCCAACAGGGGAAUCGUUAGCAUCGUCGUCACAUACCGACUGGGCAUCUUUGGCUUCUGCCCGAUACAAGAUCUGUGUCCACCGAACCUGGGCCUCCUGGACCAGAUAACGGCUUUGAAAUGGGUGCAACGGAACAUAUCUCACCUUGGAGGCGACCCGAAGCGAGUCACCAUCAUCGGCCAGUCGGUCGGUGCAUACAGCAUAUUUUGCAUGAUGUCCUGCGGCUUCGCGGGAAAUCUUUUCCAGCGUGCGAUCCUGCAUAGCGCAUGCUUUGGCUGGCCAACGGUGCCGGACGAAAAGUCGGAUAUUCUAGCUCAGACGGCGGGCUCAUUGUUAGCAGGCCGCGGCCACUCGGCGUCGAUGGAAGACUUGCUAGAGGUUCAAGGCAAAGUCAUGAUGGAUGGGAAGCGUUUGGACGUGCCGUUUGCUUGCUGGCCACGGUUUGGUCAAGAUCCUCUCCCGGAGUUGCGCGAAGUAGAAGAAAAACUCUGCCAAGCCGCCUCCAAAUGUCCCAUAUUGAUCGGCUGGGUGAAGGACGAGGGCGCAGCCUUUGCGCCCAUGGCAUCUUCGUAUUCCUACUGGUCACGGUUGCCGCUCUUUGGGCCAUUAUUCGCCUCUGCCAUGAUUUGGUGGUCGGGUGGGCAAGAGUUCAUCUGGCCCUCCCGGGAGUUUCACCAGAAGUAUAUCCAAAACGGGGGGCUUUCGUCGACUUUUGUGUUUCAAUGGCACCCUCGUGGUAGUGGGCGGCGUGCUGUACACUGUAUCGAUGUCCCUUUUAUUCUUGGAUCAUGGGAGUCUUGGAAGGACGCUCCCAUGCUUAAAGGAGAGGGAUCUCAAGAGACGAUUCAGCGUGUUGGGGACCAGGUCAAGGACUUGUGGGCUGCUUUUAUACGUGGCGAGGUAACUCCAUUCAGGGAACAUUUUAACAUAGAUGGCGACCGACUUCGUGUUUAG